AUGUUCAAGGCGGGUAUCUUCCGGGCGGUGGCUCCCCGGGUCCAACUGAUCAUACUGAAACCGUUCAGCACCAGUGCACCCGUUUUCAGAACCAACCACUCGACCCGAACCAAAGAAAACGUCCACGACCUCAAGACGUUCCUCACCCUAAUUGGGCGCAAUACGAUGGAAUACCACGACACCUUCGAAGGCGACUUGCAAAAGUUCUUGAAGACGUCGUCAAAGGAAAUGAAGAACUUGGGCAUCGACGUCCAGCUGAGAAAGUACAUGUUGAGAUGGAUCCACAAGUUUGAGAACGACCUCGAACCGUUAAGAGUCCACCGCAAGGGCAAGAAGAAGCACGGUGGGGAGCGUAAGGCUAAAGAAGUGCUUGCGAAGAAGAAUGCUCUCAAGCGUUUGGAAGAAAAGGAGAAGUUCAAGCAGGAGGAAUUGGAGGCGGAAAACCGGGGCGAGAGAGACUUUUAA